AUGGAGGUGUUGCUGUUGGUGAGGCCAGGAAGGCAGGGGAGUGGUGGGAUGCUCAUACAGCCCGGUGGAAGAAACCCGGGCUCGGAAUAUGGAAGUAACCUGUUGAGGUUUAGAUGGUUUAGACAAGAAGUACAGUUCCUGGAGAGUUGUGUGGCGGGGCUCCGGUGGGCUUCACUGGGGCAUUCGGGGAGUCUGCCUGUCUCAGGAGUUGGCCCGCCUCGCCCCGAAGGCGGCCCCCGCCCCGCUGCGGCCUCAGGGGCCAAGGGGCACGCGGCGGGCUGGGGGCGGGGAAGGCGCGGGGACAAAGGCCGCGGCUACCGCGCCGCGGAGGGCGGGUGCGGCGGCGAAGUCCCGCCGCGGUGCCGGGACCCGGCGAGCCCGGGCACUGGCCGCGCGCCCGCGCCGCAAAGAACCAGCGCCUGA